UGCAGAGUGGGUUGAGGUCUACUUGCGUCGGUGUGUGUGUGCAGGAGGGUGUUGAAGCAGUUUGCAGACUGCCUCUAGAAUCAGCCCCUAGCGUCAGACAUCAGUAUUAGCCUGGCUGAUUACUCUUAACUAUCGGAUCAGCAUCUUGAACGGUGCAGUGUUGGCGAGCCCGAAACGCGGUCAGGCGUAUGGACAGGCGGUGGUAGCUCCGAUCGGGAUCCCUCUUCGUUUACAUCCCUACAACUAAAUAAAAAAAGAAAGGGGGGCUGCUGCACAGGCGAGACUGUUUCGGCACGUAGCUGGCCUCUGUAUCUGCGUUCCGGUGCCUCCAACUACGAGGGCCUCUUCAGUUUACAGGGGGAAAAGUGGGUGUUUGCUGCUUCACUGGUGUUUCGGCAGCGGCAGCGGCGGCGGUGUCCUCGAUGGCAGGCUGGAAGGACGGCUCGGUGCAGGAGAAGUAUCGCCUGGUUGUGGUCGGAGGAGGUGGCGUCGGGAAAUCAGCCCUGACUAUCCAGUUUAUCCAGUCGUACUUUGUCACCGACUAUGACCCGACAAUUGAAGACUCCUAUACCAAGCAGUGUGUGAUCGACGAAAGGCCGGCCAGGCUCGACAUCCUCGACACGGCUGGACAGGAAGAGUUUGGAGCCAUGAGAGAACAAUACAUGAGGACAGGGGAGGGCUUCCUGCUCGUCUUCUCAGUCACUGACAGAGGAAGCUUUGAAGAAAUCUACAAAUUCCAAAGACAGAUUCUCCGAGUGAAAGACAGAGACGAAUUCCCUAUGAUCCUUGUAGGAAACAAAGCAGAUCUGGAACUACAGAGACAAGUAACCCAGGAAGAGGGCCAGCAGCUGGCCAGACAAUUAAAGGUCACGUACAUGGAGGCUUCAGCUAAAAUACGAAUGAACGUAGACCAGGCUUUCCACGAGCUGGUUAGAGUAAUCAGGAAAUUCCAAGAACAGGAAUGUCCACCGUCGCCAGAACCUACAAGGAAAGAAAAAGACAAGAGCGGCUGCCACUGUGUGAUUGUCUGAGUUGGCCUUAUCACUGUAACUCAUGCAGCUACUCUACCACCCCACCCACUCUGCCUGACAUCACAUCCUAAGUGGAUGACUGACCGCUGCCUUCUCCACGUGCAUGACUUCAGACAGCCUUUUCUGAAAUACUUUGACCAGGAACUGCUGUCCCCAGGACAUCGCUAUGGACAACUGACAAUGCCAAAAUUUAACACCACUCUACCUUCAGCAGUAAUCUUAAUUCACACGAGAGUCCCAACACUAAACAUUGCCUUCUAAAUCAGCCUGACAAAUUAAUGUUUCGUACUCUGAAGGACUUCUCUUGCCUUGUAGUGACAUUUGUACUUGCUACCGAGAUUGAAUGAAAACUAUGUAUCCAGAAUGUUAAUGACUUUCUUUAGUUUCCAGUGUCUGACCAGAGCAGAGAGAUUAUCUUAUGAAGCUUUGUGUAUGUUGUGCCAUAUCCACCUUUACUCCCAUGUGCUAAUCUGCUACUGUACAUAUGUGACAUUUGUUGUGAUUUUGUAUUUCUAAUGACCUAUUAAAUCACCACAGUACAGUG